UCAAUCGCUCACUAUCAAACAACAUAAAACACACACAGGCGCACAGGCUGCACCUCAUAAAUUCUAUAGCUAGGUGAGAUAUUUUAUUUUUUUUUUGUAUUUCUAUUUUUGGCGCAUCGCUUUUUUUUGUAACCCAGCGCGUCUUUACUCAUUUCUAACCCUGAGCUUCUUCUUCAUCUUCUUUUUUUUUUUUUAAGCAGAAAUCUCACAACUUUUUGCACAUUUUUUUUUUACUAUCAAAACACAUUGGACACUACCUUUUUUUUUUUUUUUUUUUUUUUAAACACACAUAUAUUUUUUUAAAUAUUUGCAGCGUUGGAUAUUUUUGCCUGCCCGGGAGGAUUUUUGUGGACAUUUUUUUGUAAGCGAUGCACCGGAGCGCCAAUAAAUGAGAGAUCACCAAAAAGGAGCAAAAUCCCACAAAAAAAAAGACAAAUUCGUGCUGGAUAAGAUGGACAACUAUCGGCAGUUUUGACAGAGAAGUUCUGCAUUAAAUAAGCAUAUUUAUGCAAUAUUCUCCAAACGCCGUCUCCCGUGUUGACACUUUGGACCGCGCGUAAUUUGGACACAUUUACGCGUCAACAUCGCUGCUAUUUUCCUUCUUUUUUUUUUUUUAAAGCGUGUGUGUUUCGGACCACACUGCCGUUGCAUCUCCCUUGUCUCCGGCACAUGUUCUAGCCCGUUUCGUAUAUAUGAGUUUUUCAAUUUGCGUGGCCCAGUGCGCGGACUCUUUAGCGGCACCGAUGGACGAUCAAGCCCGCAUCAUGCAGUCGAUCGGCGGCGUCAGCCUGGCCGGUCACUCGGUACAAGGGGGCAUGGCCCUGCCGCCUCCACACGGACACGACGGCACGGACGGAGACGGACGCAAGCAAGACAUUGGCGACAUUCUUCAUCAAAUUAUGACCAUAACCGACCAAAGCCUGGACGAGGCGCAAGCAAAGAAACAUGGACUCAACUGUCACAGAAUGAAACCAGCACUCUUCAGCGUCCUCUGCGAAAUCAAGGAAAAGACAGGUCUCAGCAUCCGAGGUGCCCAGGAGGAGGACCCACCAGACCCCCAGCUCAUGCGUUUAGACAACAUGCUGCUGGCAGAGGGCGUGGCAGGACCGGAAAAAGGUGGCGGAUCCGCGGCCGCCGCAGCUGCAGCCGCCGCCUCAGGCGGGGCGGCUGACAAUUCUAUUGAACAUUCCGACUACAGAGCUAAGCUCACGCAGAUCAGACAGAUCUACCACACAGAGCUGGAGAAAUACGAACAGGCAUGUAACGAAUUCACUACCCAUGUGAUGAACCUGCUGCGGGAACAGUCUCGCACGCGGCCCAUCUCUCCCAAAGAGAUUGAGCGCAUGGUGGGAAUCAUCCACCGUAAGUUCAGCUCCAUCCAAAUGCAACUGAAACAGAGCACCUGUGAGGCUGUCAUGAUCCUGCGCUCCAGAUUCCUUGAUGCCAGGCGGAAAAGGAGAAACUUCAGCAAACAGGCGACGGAAAUUUUGAACGAGUAUUUCUACUCGCACCUCAGCAACCCCUACCCAAGCGAGGAGGCGAAAGAGGAGCUGGCCAAGAAGUGCAGCAUCACAGUUUCCCAGGGGGUGGGAAGCACCAUCACAGUAUCUCAGGUAUCCAACUGGUUCGGCAACAAACGCAUCCGCUACAAGAAAAACAUCGGCAAGUUUCAGGAGGAGGCCAACCUCUACGCGGCCAAGACGGCUGUAAACGCGGCGCACGCCGCAGCCGCCGCCGUGCAGAACAGCCAGGCCAACUCCCCUACUACACCUAACUCCGGAUUCCAGAUGAAAGAUGAAGAGUUUCAGCUGGAUUCUGCAGAGAGCAAAAACAGUCUUUUAACCAACAUGUUUACUGGUUCUUCAGGUUCUUUUAACCUCCCAAACUCUGGGGACAUGUUCUUGAGCAUGCAGAGUCUGAAUGGGGAUUCUUACCAAGGGGCACAAGUCGGAGCCAAUGUACAGUCACAGGUGGAUACCCUGCGCCAUGUUAUCAGUCAGACGGCAGGAUACAGUGAUGCUCUUGGCCGAAACACCAUGUACAGUCCACACAGCUUAAAUACUAAUGGGGGGUGGCAAGAUGCAACAACGCCGUCUUCUGUAAUAUCGCCGACAGAGGGACCUGGCAGUGUGCACUCCGAUACCUCCAAUUGAUCAACUCUUCAUGCAUUUGAGCCUCAAGCUGGGCAUAGACUCGAACGAGCUGCCCAACGACAAGAGGACACACAAAACCUUUUCACGCCACAGUUGCUUUUCCUGUACAUAAUGUCCGACGACCACGCCGCACAUAAGGAUGCCAUUUUCCGCCACGAGGAGCCCACGUUUCUUGGUUGUCUCUGUGUUUUCUUUUGGUAAAUCAGCUUGUAUGUUGUAGGAGUCAAGUAAAUAUUCAACAGCCCUCCAAUGAUAGUCAGUCAGACUUCCAUUGUAUUCUCUGUAUUAAUAAUUGCAGGAUGACAUCUAUUUUACGUGGCAUUUUAAAUGUCAAAAGUGUGCACUUACUCUGUUUUUUUUUCUCUCCUUUUUGAAAAUUGCUUCGCGUCUCCGUUUGACGGCGAUCAAAGCAGCUGUUUGCCGGACUAUAAGAACGCGACAUCGCCACACAGGACUGUUGGGGUUACUUCCAAGGAGUAUUUUGCAUUAUGGCUGUACAAAUUAGUGCAAGCCAAUGACCACCCAAAGUAUGGAGCAUAAAGAAAUGAAAAGGAUUGCUUUACCAUAACCUCACACCAUCCCACAUUUCAUAAUGUGAUGUUUACUAUGUACAUAUUUACAUUUUUGUACUGCUUGUGGACAUCAUCAAAUGCCCAACAAUAGCUCAUAACCUGCAAAGGCCCACAUGAACUUGUACGAAACAUUGCUUAAAAAAAUUAACAUCCCAUAAAUCAAUACACAGCUUUAUUACCUCAUUCCAUUUCAUCCAAACAUUUUUUUUUUUCAUUUCUGUAGCUUAGAGUGCUCACAUACUACCUCUAAACAUGUAUUUUAUAAUUUGUGUCCCACUUCUUUUUAAUUAAUUUACAUCUUUUAAUGCCAUCUUCUAACACUGUAAACCUCCUCAUCCUCAAUGUAAUGUAUUGUAUAUUUUAAUCUUUUAAUAAAACGCUGUUGCUAUAUCGCAGCUUAAAAAACUAAUUGAACAUGGUAACAUUGAUACCGUGAAAAGUAGCGGAGCGAGUGCAUUGUUGGUCUGUUGCUUUUAUGAAGGAGGUGCGAUUAAAAUUGCGAUAAAUUAACAGUGAAACUGUUGUAAAUACUGGAAUAAAAACAUUUUGAAUGUUGCUCAUCUUAUUACUAAAUCAUACCCAAAAAACAAAGAAAAAAAUCACUAUUAAAACUGUAAUGCAUAGAAGUUUCAGUAUUCAGAACUGUAUAUUUCCAGCUCUGUUCAACAGGGUUCAAACUUCUUUUCUCUUUUUUCUAUUGUAUGUGAUUCUGAAACUGAAAAGUCAUGACAAAUGAUUUGUGGCAGUGAUUCUAAUGUAAUAAACAUGUUUAGUGUUGCUUUCUAACCGAACUACACCCUGGACUGAAAACAGUCUUCCUUGUGGUAGUUGUGUGAUUACAAACAUGAAUAAAACUUUUGCUUUCA